AUGGCCGUGUCUGACCCGGGCGUGGCCAUGUCAGACCAAGGUCCCGCACGGCUCCUGCUGGGCCUCAAGACGUCUCCGCUCAGCCCGGCACGGGGCCUCGCCUGGGCCGCGGGGGAGACGCGGCCCGCGGGUCCACGCGGCCCCCCCGACAACAACAACCACGAGGAGAACGACAACAACAACUGCGGCGACAACAACAGCACGGACGACCACCACCACAACAACAACAACAAGGGCAACAGCCACGUGGAAGAGGAGGAGGAGGACGAGGAGGACGACGAAGACAAGGAGGUUGAUAUGGCCACCACUGCGGCCACCACCGCAACCACCACGACCACCACCACGAGCAGCAGCAACAGCAGCAGUGGCAGGAGGAUCAGGAUGCGGGUCGGCUCCGGCGACGAUACGGGACCUCUGCUGGCUACCAUCGAGGGCAAAGACGUGGAGUACGAAGUGAGACAAAAGCGGCUUUGGGUGGGGAGGACCUCGAGCAGCGGUGACGAGGGGGGUGCCCACGUCACGGUGGGUCGCUCCAGCUUCGUGUCGCGCAGGCACCUGGAGAUGGCCUUCGUGCACCCUCACUUCUUCCUGCGCUGCCUGGGCAAGAACGGCGUCUUCGUCGACGGCGUCUUCCAGCGGCGCGGAGCGGCGCCCCUGCAGCUGCCCGCUUCGUGCAUCUUGCGUUUCCCGAGCACAAACAUCCGGCUGACGUUCACGUCGUUGUGUGGCUCGCCCGAGCCCAGGCUGGAGGCGGGAGGGGGCCAGCAGCCGGACUCUACCGUGAACUCGGCGGACGCCUCCACCACACCGGCCGUGAUGGUGGCGGCGCCGGCGGGGUCGGCGCCGGCGGCAGUGACGGCGGCAGCGGCGUCGCUCGACAGCGACCUGAGGGGGGCCCACUCCCCCCCACCCCAGCGGCAGUUCCUCCACCCGAUGUCGGCGGCCGCCAGCAUCUCCCCGCUCAAGCUGCACAUCCCCGACCCGUCGCCGGACUGGGCGAGCCCCAUGCCGUCCCCCACGGGCACCAUCAGCGCCGCCAACUCGUGCCCGUCGAGCCCCCGCGGCGCCGGCUCCUCGGGCUACCGGCUGGUGCGCGGCUUCGCGCCCGACCUGCAGCUCGUGGCCGAGUACGCGGCGCGCGCCGUCUCGGAGCGAGAGCAGGAGCGCGGCGAGCGCGACGGCGCCCAGGCCGACAGCCCCAAGGACGGCUCGAAGCCCCCGUACUCGUACGCGCAGCUCAUCAUCCAGGCCAUCACGUCGGCGAGCGACAAGCAGCUCACGCUCAGCGGCAUCUACGCGCACAUCACCCACAACUACCCCUUCUACCGCAUGUCUGACAAGGGCUGGCAGAACUCGAUCCGGCACAACCUGUCGCUCAACCGCUACUUCGUGAAGGUGCCGCGCUCGCAGGAGGAGCCGGGCAAGGGCUCGUUCUGGCGCAUCGACCCCACGUGCCAGGCGAAGCUCACCGAGCAGGCCUUCAAGAAACGGCGGCAGCGCGGGGCCUCCUGUUUUCGCACGCCCUUUGGCCUCCUCUCCUCACGGAGCGCGCCCGCGUCGCCCAGCCACUCGGGCCUGCUGUCCCAGCCGCCCAGCGGCCUGCAGACCCCCGAGAGCCUCUCCCGCGAGGGCUCCCCGGCCCCACUCGAGGGGCCAGAGCCCCCCCUCGCUCCGGGGAACCCCAAGCCGCUGCCGGCGCCACGGAACGACGUGCGCUACACGCAGAGCGCGCCAGGUUCUCCCGUGUCGAGCCACCCCGUGAUUUUCACAGCCCAGCACCCGCUGCCGGGCACCUUCAUUCGACCAAUCGCGUACAGCAUUGCGCAGCCGCUCUCCCACUCCCAGCAUGCACUGGGGCUGCCCGCCCACCUGAACCAGGGCAGCGGCCACUCCCAGCACGCGGUGCUGUCGGGUUACUUUGCGGCCGGGCCUGACGGGCCUUCGCCGUACGGCGGAUACUCCGUGCUGCGGCAAACGCUGGAGGAGAGGAAGGAGGAAGAGGAAGAAGAGCUCAGGCCGCUGCGCCCACCCGUGCUGAGCGCCGUGACGUCCGUGAUCCAGACGGCGGGGCCCAAUCCCCCGUGCGCUCCUCCGCACGGCUCCGUGUGGCUCGGUGCCCCCAGCGCCGCCUCCUCCUACCACCACCAGCAGCAGCAGCAGCAGCACCACCAGCAGCAGCAGCAGCAGCAGCACCACGCGGAGAACGGCUUCCACAGCGCCACGGCGCUGCAGCCCCAGCGAGCCGCCAAUCCGCUGCAGCUGCUGGCGACGCAGGCCGGCAAGAGGCUGGUGCACGACGGAGACGGCGGGCAGGAUGCCGGCGAGCCCGACGCCAAGCGCCACUACCCUGACGCUCAACAGCACCAGCAGCAGCAGCACCAGCAGCAGCAGCAGCAGUACGGGGAAGCUGGCGUGGCGCCGGCCAGCCCGCCACUCAGCCCAGCCGCAUCUCAGUCGCCCGUCGAGGAGGAGUGAAGCGACGCACACGUGCCUUGUCGGAGAGCGCUAGCGGCGUGCCGCGAGCGCCGUCCGCACGAUAAGUUUCCGCCGCGUUGUCUCCCGUGCGUGUGGUUUAUUUUGCGUUGCCGGAUAUUUUACUCUUUCCCAGUCGCCCGUCGAAUUAGGCUGUUUUAAAUUAGCAUCCCAGGCGUAUUUGAUUUUCAGUAUUUAUUGCUUUAUUUGUCUCUCUUCUGCGGGGGAGAGUUUUUAUCGUGUGUGUCGAGAGGCGAACAGAACGGCAGCAAAAUAAAUUGGUUCAUUGUGUCGCGUGCCGGGGCCGUGCGCGCCCGCGCGACAUUACAGCGCAGAUCGGAGGCCAACGGGCUGAGGUCAGAAGGUCGACGAAAGGGGGGUGUAGAGGUCGCCCCCCGGAAAAUGAAUUAAGGGAUAAAAAAAAAACAUUUACAAUAAUAAUAAAAACGAUAAUAAUCCAACGAGGCUCACAGUUGAAACGAAAACCUCGUGACGUUUUUUAUUUUCUGUUCUGGGGGGACCAAGCAGCCGACCCACCGACGCUUUCCAUCACCGCAUGCGUCAGCACGGGCAGAAGGCACCGUUUCGUAACGAAGGGGGAGGGGUGGGAAGAGGGGAGAAGCGGUGGCUGCGUUGCACAGCGCUAACGAACUUUGUUUCCCCGAGCGAAGCGGCCGGGGGUUACUCUUCACGUCGUCUUUCGGCUCGGCAACUCUCUAAGCGGCAUCUAACUCCACGUCCAUCCUGCGGCUGUUGCUGCGACGGACCUCCAGGCCUCGCGCUGACCCACCAUCGGUCCCUCUCGCCGAGCGGGGUCACCCCCACCGGCCGUGACCCCCCCUGCCCCCCCCCCCCCCGCCGUAAGGCAUUGAGGAGAAAACAUGUGUAGCCACAACUGUCACCCUUCAGAAUCAGAAUCUGUAUUUAUACUGCAGGAGGAAUCCGAUGAGCUACAAAAAGCUCUUUUUCACGGAUGUCCAGCAAGGGACGGGUCAGGACGCACCCCGUAGCAAUGUGUGCGCGGUGGCGACGGCGGCACGGUAAGGAGCAGAGUGAAGCGUAACACGCGACGUCGCUGGGAAAGAGUCGGAUCCGCUAUGCUCGCACAAUCCCCGUUCGCUCAGCGGGCGGCGAGGUGCGGGGUGGGGGGGGCCUGGCAAACGGGGGAAGUGCCACGGCCGGUGGGAUAUUGCUGACGUCCUGAUUGUCGUUGCGCCUCGUUUAAGUGAAUGUAUUUAACGGAAUGCACAAGGCCGACUGUCGCCAUCGUUGUUGUUGUUGUUGUCGUUUGGCGGCGGUUUAGUUUUUUAAUUGACACGCGACGUGACCGGCUGGGCAGCCGCCACGUGUUAGAAUCACGUACGGCGAUGGCUUUUAUUUUUUAUUUUAUUUUUUAUUGUGAAAUUGCUGCGGAAACUAAGUACACUCAAAGAUCCAGGAGGGCUGCUUGAACUCCCUUAAGACGGCUGAGCGGGCGCGUGCGGGGAUGCGCAGCUGCGAGCGCGCGCGCGUGCCGUUAAAGCGAUAUGCGCGCGAGUCUGCUUCACAUGGCAACUCGGACGACACUACACGGUGUGGGGGGGGGUAGAGAGGGAUGGAGGAGGGCGGCUCUCGUUGGAGCGACGAAUGGGCCCCGCCGCUCGUGCGCCAAUGGCUCGCCGAGCUGACCGCCGCUCCGCUCCCGUGGCGCCCAGAGACAUUCUAUUUUUAGAGAAAAUUUUCUACGCGUGUGAACGAAAAAAAACAGGGAAAAAAACGUUUUGUUUUGUUUCGCGGAGAGAGAGAGGGAGGCAAAGGCUAGCGAGCGUUGUCGCGCAGUCACGAUGGGCGCCGAGCACCAAAGACCCCCCCCCCCACAUCACACCCCUCCUCCUCACUUCCCUGAACCGCACCCCCCCCCAGAGGUCACAGGUGCCUCGGUGCUGGAUCGCGUAUUAGCUUUAAGAAAACGCUGCUUAACUUAGAGAGCGACCCACACACGGACACACGCGCAGACGGACAUCGUAGAGCAUUGAAGGACGGAUGCACGGACGGGACACCGAGAUGGGCAGACGCACGGACAGAUACAAGGAUGCACUAACGGAGUGACACAUGGAGAGAGAGAGAGACGGACGUCGGCGAGACUAAUGGCAUGCGAAGGGUCCUCAUGAAACCCACGACGCCUUAAACGAAAAACCACGCGGAACAUCUGUAGACACUCGUGUGUGUGUGUGUGCGUGUUCGCUCGAAUGUUGCUUCCUUUGACACGUGGACUUGCAUUGCAAUAUCGAGUUUUUUGCUUUGUGAUGUGGCUUUGAAGGAAAAAAAAAACACAGUCACUUAGGAGAGAAGCAUUUCUUGUAUUGCGCGUCGCCGCGAUCCAGCGACUGUGUGCGUGGUGCUUUUUCAGUACUCGUCGGAGAAGAAUCGUUUUUGUCGAAUUGAUCACCCACUGACAGAUCCACUCGGGCGGCCGCGCGAGCGCUUCUUCAGCCUUUCGGAAUGCACAAACGGCGUGUCCGUAAACAGACAACCCCCCCCCCCCGUCCAGAAAAACUGACCUGAACUAUGAUUGUAACAAACUAAACAACAUACUUAUUUUCUUUUAAGUCGCUUCCCUUUAAUAUAUAUAUAUAAAUUCACUUUAUAUAUAUAUUUUAGCGAUGUGAGACUCGGUACCUCUGUGCAAACUUACGUAAGGGAGAGUGCAUUGGCACGCGUGCCCACCAGCAUCCUUCCUCCCUGGUGGCCCACCCCCCCCCCCCCGCUAGCGCCACCAUGCACGCCGCCGUGGCACGCACACCGACCGCAGCGCCACCGUCACCUCCCGGUCGUCGCACGUCCCCCCCGUCGCCGCUCACGAGUGGCUCUCCGCAGCGCCCUCUAGCGGAGGCCUUCCGACAGCAGCGGGUGGCGUGAGCAAGCAAUUGCCGCGGAGUUUUGCGCCUUUGUUGACCUCUGGUCCCAAAAGAAUGAUCGCAGACUGGCACGAUUCGAAGGAGCUGACGGACCGCGUGAGUUUAUUUUGGUCUCGAUUUCAAGCUUUCGUGACUGCAGGGAUUCAUCUUCUUGGUUCUUUCGGUGAAGUCAC